UCAGGUGAGGCGGUGAAGCAAUCAAUAAAAAAAGCAAUCGAUCAGUUUCCACUCGUCGUAACAAUCCAUCAACUUUGACAAGAAAGCUCGAAACCAUUCGAUAUCUAAAGAAUACGGAGGCGGCAAAUUUUUGGGCUUUACGAAUCUGAAAAACAUCGAGUCAUGGCAAAGACGUUGUUAAGCGGCGAAGGCCACGAAUUUCAGGGUGAGAGAAGGUGUCCGCCUAAUUUAAGGACAAGCUGUCAAGCUGUUAAUCCUGGAGCAGGUGAAGGCAUGAGUGCUGCUGCUGAUCUAGUGGGCACCAACUGAUUCUGGUUGAAGGAGGGUGUUAAUGAAGAGAUAUUGUUGGAGAUACUAGCUAGGCUACCAAAUAGUCGAAAUGUGGUUCAAGCAGGGCUGGUUUGUCACCUUUGGCAUUCCCUUAUCUUCCAGCAGCACUUUAUUCCCAGGUUCAUAGGCCUGCGGGAGCAAAAGAAGAUAGAGCAGCCGUAUUCCAUCAUAUUCCGCAUAGUAGAUAGUAUUGAGUUUGAGUAUGAUGAUGGAGAUGACUCAGAUGAGUAUUAUCAGCCCAUCUGCAAACUAUUUUCGGAAGAAUCCGUGGUUCUCCACGGGGGAGGAAAGGAGUAGGCGGUGACAUCACGUAGAAGUUAUCCUCCUUCAGGCAGCAGUGGUGGCAUCCAGCCACCUUCAUCCAACAUGGUCAUAAGAGCAUCUUGCGAUGACUUGCUGCUGUUGUCGCAAGGCCCACGUGACUAUAUACCUGAGCUAAGCCCCUACUAUCUUUGUAACCCAGUAACCAAACAGUGGUUCCAUCUCCCCCAUGUUUAUUUCGUAGAUUACUUGAUUGGGCUUGCAGUAGUACGCAUGCCGCCUGCCCUUAAUAGUUGUGGCAGUUAUGAAUACAAGGUGGCUUUCAUUCAUCUUCCCUAUGAUUGUGGAGAAGAGGAUUUUGCUGGGGACAGUUGGAGGUUUAGAAUGCCAAUUUAUUGUUCAAAAUCAAGACAAUGGAGUGAUGAUACAAUGGAGUGAUAAUUCAUGGCAUCGAUAUCCUAUUCCUGCUACCAGUAGGACCCCUAAGCCUAAGCUUUUCAUUAACUCAAUUACUUGUAAUGGAACUAUUUAUUGGUUAAAUUGCGAUGAUGUUCCUGACUGCAUCAUUGCCUGUGAUUUGGUGAACGAGCCAUACUCUAGUGCCUCUAUCAACCUUCAUGAAGGCUCUAUGCCUGGUGGUAGGGGUGUUGUCUCACUAGAGUUGGGCGCUGUCCCGGGGGAACGAAGAUUAUUCAACGUAUUCCGCCUGUCGUCAGGUUACCGGCCAGCAGCAGUCUCGACAUCUCGUUGUUGUUAAAGUUUGGGAGUUGAAUCACUGAACUAAUCCUUGGACCCUCGUUCAUGACACACGCUUCAAUGAUAGGCCGCCGCCGUCUAAUGGCAUCCAAUUAGAAGAAGAAAACACGUUCAAAAUCCGUACGCUUGCUUUCCAUCCAAACGACACAAAUGUGGUCUUCUUGCCUCUUGGUGUGUGGCCGUGGUCAGGGGCGGACCCAGGAAAUUCAUGUUGGGGGGUUCAAAAUAUUUUUUGGAGGGCGAAAAUUAUUUUUUGAGGGGCAAAAAUUAUAUUUCUUAUAUAUAUACACUAAAAAUAAAUUUUGUUGGAGGGGCGGUAACCCCUGGGUCUGUACUAUGGUCCGCCCCUGACCGUGGUGUUUUCCAGUAUCACAUCUAAUAGGGUGUGUUAGUGUGUAUGAGAAAGUCGAUGAGCUCCCCGCUUUUGUGCCACCAAACGAUCCUCUUACGUCCUUGAUAAGUCCGUAUUUAGACACGCAUUUGAUGCGUGUUCGAGUCGGAUUUUGAUGAUUUUCCUGGCUUUAAGGUGAUGCAAGUCUCAAUUUUGGCUCAAGUUGUGUUUAACAGGCGUUGGAUCGAGUUUCAUAGCAUUUGGAGUUGAUUUGAAGAAGUUAGAGUCCGGCAAUCGGCGCUUGAGAGGCAUUCGGGAAGGGUUUGAAGACAUUCGAGAGAGAUUUGGAAGAUUUAGAGGCCACCGGGAGAUUCACGACGAAAUUCUGGUGAAGAAAGAGCAUUUGGAUCGACCUUGUAGGCAUUCGGGAGCAUUCGGAACGAGAAACGAAGAAAAACAAUGAAGGAAAGAGCAGGCACGGCCGUGCCUAGGCCAGGCACGAUCGUGCCUGCCAUCUAAAUCAACGCGGAGCCACUGGCAGCCAGACACGAUCGUGUCCGGUGCAGGCACGAUCGUGUCUGCAAAAUUUUUACGCGUCCCUUCCGCAGGCACGGUCGCAGGCACGAUCGUGCCUGGCACCGUGCCUGACCCCGUUUUGUCCUAAUUCAGCUCAAAUUC